AUCUCGCAUCUCCGCAACCAUGCCACAACUUUUACAGCAGAUGAAAGCUGCUAAUCACUCUCCCAAGUCGUUGAAGCAGUUGUUGCAAAUCCAUACCAUUGAUGGCCCUGUCCGGUACAACAAAGAUCUGCUCCCAAGUCCUCCAGGUCUGAUGCUCAAUAUGCUUCAUCAAAUCAAUACUGACACCCUGCAGNAGGACAGGAAAUGGCGAUGGCAACACUACUUCGCCUACUACCUUACCAUGACUUUUAGUCCAAGCAGCUACAAUCUCGGAGCCUCGCUUGUGUCCAUCGGGUUGCUUUGGUGGCACGGCAUGAUCGCGGCGGUCAUUGGUUCUGGGAUACUGACUGUCCUAGUCGUGCUCAAUUCGAGGGGUGCGAUAAAGUACUUUGUGGGUUUUCCAGUUUAUGUCCGUGUCGCAGCCGGCGUCAGAGGCUCUUCACUGUACAUUCUCGUUAGAGCUAUCGUCGCGAUCAUUUAUUUCGCUACGCAGACAUACUAUGGUGGACGCAUCACGUCCGUGUUCAUGCGUGGAAUCUUUGGCAAUGGGUACCACAACAUCCCCAAUCAUCUGCCGGCGAGCGCUGGUAUCACCUCUCGAGAUCUUCUGAGCUUUUUCAUCUUCUGGAUGAUCCAAAUGCCCGUCAUGUUCAUUCAUCCAAGGGUUCUCCGACACCUGUUCGUUGUUAAAGCAGUCUACACAACAAUCUCUCUGCUCGGUGUGCUUGGCUGGACCAUCAGCGCGAAUGGGGGCAAGAUUGGCGACUUCAAAUAUACCACCAAACAGACCCAACUGUCCGGGCAUGACCUAGUCUGGCCUAUGAUCUCUGCCAUCAAUUCUGUGAUGGGAGCUCUAGCACCUGUCUUGAUCAAUCAGCCGGACAUCGCUCGUUAUGGCCAUUCAUACGGCGAUGUAACUUGGAGUCAAGGUGUUGGGAUCUUGAUCUCAAAGGUCCUGGUCAUGUUCAUUAGCACAGCUACCACAGCCGCUGCGACCAACGUGCUAGGCAAGUCGUUCUGGAACGUUUGGGACCUCUGUAAGCUCUUUUCAAUGGCGNCCAUUCUCGACCAAUACUGGAGUCCGGGUGCGCGUGCGGGUAUGGUGUUUGCAAGCUUCGGCAUGAUGCUAGCCGUGCUGGUUACGAAUGCCGGAAGCAAUUCACUGCCUGUUGGCGCCGAUCUAACGGGUAUCUGGCCGCGCUGGCUGACGAUCGUGCGAGGACAAGUCAUCUGCGCACUGCUGGCGCCUCUUCUGGUCCCUUGGAAGAUUAUCGCCUCAGCAACCUCAUUUCUCACAUUCCUAGGCUCUUAUACCGUGUUUCUUAUGCCUAUCUGUGCAUGCAUGGUAGUCGACUAUUGGGUCGUGAGGAAGGGCAACAUACAUGUACCCUCCUUGUAUGUAUAUUCGCCCGAGAGCCCCUACAUUUACUACAAAGGAUGGAACUUGCGCAUGCUCACUGCUUGGGUGGCAGGUGUAGCCUUCGUCAUUCACGGUAUAGCCGGGUCAUUGGAUCCUGACUCUGUGAACGAGGCGUCCAAGAACAUGUAUAAGCUGGGCUUCCUUUUGUCUUUUUGCAUGGGCGGCCUGGUUUACUACACGCUCUGCUUGAUCUGGCCAGUCCAGGUACUACCGCGAGGGUCGGAGAAGUCGCUCGUGUUCGAGGAGCUCGCAGCGAACGAGGGUUUCUUCGACCACGAGAACGUCGGUACAAUCACUGGCGUACUAGAGGGAGAAGAAGCCGAUAGCGUGUCCACUCAACACUACGUCGCCGAAGGGAAAGACAGCAAAGUC